AAAUCAGCCAAUAUCACAAUAAUCCUAAAUCCUUCAAGGUAAAGUGAGAAACGUACCUUGCAGAUAGUAUCCUGUCGUUACAAUAAGGCGGUGCCAAGCCUGAGGCUCGCAGCGAAGUUCCGCAACCUCUCCGCGUCCAUCGAGCUCCAUCGAUCGAUCAAUCAGUCUCUCCUAGCUCGCUACGCUGUGAGUUUUACCAGCUGCCUGCGCAGGAUUGUGUUCUUUGGUGGUUCUUCCAGUGAAUUUUGCCCUUUUUGUCCGUACCUUUAAUCCCGUGGACGCCUCGCAGCUCCGAGUCUUUUUCCCCCUUCGCCCAACGUCGCCUUUUGCUCCCCUCACCUCCGACUGCUCUCCAUCACCGAUCCAGCUAGCUGUGCAAAACUAUUUCGCAAUCUGGUUUCUCACUGCGUAGAAGAGAGUCGUCGACAAGAUGGAUGGCUCCCAGGCCCCGGUUAACCAACCCAUGGUUGCCCCUCAGCAGCAUUCGAACCUCAUUCGGACCGACCAAGUGCAGAAACUGCCGCAUCUCAAUGAGCAGCAAAAGGCUCAGCAUACACAGCUGGUGCGCAGCCUCUGGGAACUGCUGAAUAGCAGGGAUCCCCAGAGCGCAGAAUACCAGAACGCGCACAUGAAACUCACCCAAAUCUCCCAAACUUUGAUGAAGGGCAUGCGACUCUUCCAGCAGACUCGCCAGCAGCAGGCGCUCCAGCAUCAACAAGCCCAGGCUGCUGCCGCCGCCGCUCAGGGCCAGACACAGGGCCAGACACAGGGUCAGCCAGUUCAGCGAUCUCAGUCCGCCAAUCCUCAGUCUUUCACCCAGCUCCUGCCUCAGAUCCAGAAUAAGGUCCAGAACCUACAAUUCUUCCUCCCGCCGAACAUCAGCAAGGAGCAGAUACAGACAUGGCUUCCAGAGGCGAGGUUACGAUACGGGAUUGCUCUUCAGAAGCAGGAGAUUGGUCGCGCACGUAUUGCUGAACUGCGUGGGCAGUUUACUCAGCGUCAGGGCGCGGGAAAUAUGAGCCAGGAGGAAAUGCAAGAAUUCAAGAAUCGCCAGCUCACGGCUGAGAAGCUUUAUCGCGAAGGUAGCGACUUUUUGACUAAAUUCAAAGAGCAGCAAGAAACCUUCAAGGCUCAGCAACCGAAUCAACAAGUCAACCGGGCGGGGGUUCAGAAUACUCCAGCUCCAGCUCAUCCCCAACAGCCCAGUGCUGAGCAGAGUGCUGCUGCCACUCCCACCACCACUGCUGGUAAUAAUCAACUUCCAAAUGCUCCAACUCCAAUGCACACGGGGCAGACGCCAACUCCUGCUCCUCAUACCAUCAACUCUGCGGUCAGUGCGGCGAGGAAUCAAGCAGGACAGGCUGCCAUGUCCCCCUCCACUUCCCAGCCUGGCCAGACGCCUAGCGUGCAACCCCCAGUGACGGCACCUGCCGCUCCAGUCGCGCCUCCUCAGCAACAGCAGCAGCAACAGUCACUGCCGCCGCAACCGCAACCACAACCACAACCCCAGCAGGGCACACCAGGCACACAGAUUACUUUCAGUCAAACCCCAAAUCCUGAUGGUUCUACCCCUACACCAACUGCUCCUCAGCCUGUGAACCAACAAGGCCCACCACGUCCUUUAUCGCAUCAAGCCGCAAUGGCCCAGGCUGCUCAGAACUACUCCAAUAACAAUAAUACAAGCAAUGCCAACAACGUGAACCAGCAAAACAUGGCUCAGGCAGCAGCCAACCCUCACGCCCACCCCCAGGGUUACAAUCCCAAUCGUGGCUCUGACAACUCUGCGCGCAACAUCAAUAUGGCGAUUCCAAAGAAUCUCAACGUCCCUCCCCCAGAGCCUGUUGCGAUGGCGCCAGCCAGACCUACCUUGUCCGGUGGUCCCAGUCACGGUGCUAUGGGAAUGAUGGGCCAGCCAGCCAUCCAGAAGCAUCCUGGUUACGUGCUUGAAGGCGAAGGUCAGCGCGUUUUGAGCAAGAAGAUGCUUGAUAUCUUGGUCCGCCAGGUCACUGGAGGUGGCGAAGGUGAGGGGCUCACUCCAGACGCCGAAGAGUUCAUCCUUCAGAUGGCUGACGAUUUCGUUGACGAUGUGAUCACCGCCGCCUGCCGUCUGGCCAAGCUCCGCCCAUCCUCCACGCUUGAAAUCCGUGACAUCCAGCUCGUCCUUGAACGCAACUACAACAUGCGUAUCUCUGGGUUCUCGAGCGAUGACCUCCGCACCGUCAAGAAGCCCCAGCCUGCGCAAGGCUGGACUCAGAAGAUGUCUGCUGUGCAGGCCGCCAAGGUUACCCAAGGAAAGGCCGAAUAAUCACCUUAUCCCAUUUUCAUUUCUCAUGUCUAAUUUGUUCUACCGCGAUAUCAGCGACGGAUUUCUCACGGCUUUUCUAUUUUCUAUUGUCUUUUCCUAUGGAAACCCCGUCUUGAGCAACGUAUACAUACUAUCACCGGCGUCGAUGGGGAGGCUCCUUUUU